AUGUCAACCGCUGGAAGGUAUAUGGACAGAGUUCCGUUGAGGGAGAAGAACGCGGGUAAUAUUGCUGCGAGUAGUAGCAGAGAAAAGACCAGGUUGACGGAGACUCCCAACACACACAAGAGUCGGAAGAUCACCACGCCACCAGAGAGUGUGCUGGUGUCGCGUAAAAAGAGUUUGAUCUUGGAGACGCCGAUUUCGAAGCAUUUCAACGACGACGGGGUGAAUGGUACCAGUAAUGGGGAGACGGAUAAUACAAAGUCGGCAUUAUUGUCGCCAGCAUUUUCGUCACCACAACAGCAGAGCCAACGCCGGAUGAAGGAUAGCUUUGAUAUACCGCCCAAACCAUCGUUCGUUCAGUCGUCGUCGGCGUCAGUUGAUUCGGAUGACGAGAAAUACAAGAGUAAGAAAAAGAAGAAGACCAAGAAGGACUUGAAGGAUACAACAUUCCAAUUAGGAUCCCACGAUAAACCCCCAUACUCAUAUGCUACGUUAAUUGGUAUGUCGAUUUUGAGUAACCCCGAAAAGAGAUUGACGUUGUCACAGAUAUACCAGUGGAUAUCAGACACAUUUAAGUAUUACCGCCGGGAAGAAGUAGGAUGGCAAAACUCGAUUCGUCAUAAUUUGUCGUUGAAUAAGGCGUUUAUAAAGGGAGAAAAAUCGAAAGAUGGCAAGGGCCAUUUUUGGUGUAUUCAACCGGGUUGUGAAGAACAAUUCUUGAGAUCAAAGAAUAGCAAGAAGCAUUCUUACCAAGAAAUCAUCGAUCAAAUAUACGCUUCAAUUAAUCCUUCAAAAUCAUCGAUUAACUCUAUUCCAUCUUCACCGAAUGUUUCUAAUGAAGAUUUGAAGCGCAAAGCAUCUGAUACUGACGAUGCAGCAAGCUACGAGGGAUAUGGGGACGAUGAAGACCAAGAAGACGAUGAAGAAUACACAAGAUCAAUCUUAAAUCCUCCUAUCAAGAAGCAAAGGUUAUUAUCUGCCACCACUGGGAAUGGUACAUUGGAGACUAUUCCAAAUCUAGAGCCACCAUUCAGUCAAUGGCAGGCUACUCCAGGCGGGUUUAAAAUCUCUAAUUCACCUAAUACCUCAAACUCCAACAACCCUCCACAAUUUGUAAUAAGUGAAUCCCCAGGCAAGCCAUUAUUGGCAGGAAAAAACUUAACAUUCACUUCAUCCUUUAGCUGUAAUUCAAACUUAGAAUUAUCUCCAAUUAGGCCCAGUGAAACUGGUCCUCUAUUAGAACCGUUAACACCCGCUAAUAAUGUCUACAGAAACGGGUCAUUACUUAAUCAUCAAUUAUCAGCUUUCCACUAUCAAUCACACCAUCCACAUUUAUCAUCAUCAACUACAUCAACAUUAUUACAACAAUCCAUACAACAACCGCACAAUGUUAAGACACCGAAAUCAUGUAGUAGGACUCCAUUGAGAAACUUAAGAACUCCUCAAACGGCAUCAAUCAUGAAAAAGUUGUGGAAUUCACCAUCAUACUUGGAGGAAUUCUAUUAUUCCCCAUUGGUUUCCUCAUCGCAAGCAGCUUUGAAUUCCUAUGAUGAUGACGACAUGAUAAUGAGGGCUUUCGAACUGCCAAGCAACAAUGCACAUGGUCAUAAUAAGAGACCUUCAAUCUCGUCAACUUCUACGAACUCCAGUAGAAAUUUGUUCAAUGAUUUGAAGAAAAUUGAUCAUUCUAGUAGAAAUAGUUCGACGUCAAGCAACAAUGACAAGGAAAGAACACGUUUACGCAGUGUUAGUGCAUCUUCCACAGAUAAGGAUGAUAAUUGA